UCUUCUACUAAUAUCUUGUUUUUGUUUUGCUAAUAAUGUUAAAUAUUUCAAGGUAUUUUUAGUUACCUUAGCGAUAUGGUUUUCACAUUUCUGAUACCCGAUAUGUAGAAAAACCAAGCGAGCAUCGAACUGGAGGGUUUCAAGAAAAGAAAGAUUAUAUUCUGAGUAAGGCUUCAUUACUUUAAAGUCCUCUUAAAUGGUAAAGAUUUAUACAAUUGGAGUUGCCUUUGAGACGUGGAUUCAUUGAGAAAAGACGAAUAAUAGAAAUCAUGAACUUCACUUUUGGAAAAAGAACUGAGCAAGUUGACUGGAGAAAAUUAGCGGCUGUAGAUCUUGAUCGUCUGACUCGUGAAAUGGAUGUCAAAACGCUACAGGAUAAUAUCUUGAAUGUUACUUAUUGUAACAUUGAAGCUGAGUUGGGUAUGCAGGCUGUUAAUUUUGAUCCCAACUUCAUCAAGUUAUUCAAUCUGGCCCAGUUAAUCAUAGAGUAUUUAUUGCAUUCCCAAGAAUAUUUAUCAAGUAAUCUAGAGACUGAGGUCAAAAAGGUACAAGAAACAAUGCAGAGUGCUGAAGAAGUAAGAAAAGAGUUAGAACAGAAGGCAGAAGCUCAAAAUAAACUGAAAAAAGAAAUAAAAAAAUUAAAGAAAUGGAUAGCAGAAUAUCAGAUGAUGAUGAGGGCAGGUGCUAGUGGAAUACAUAAGUGUCCUUACUGUGCAAAAGCCUUCGUAAGCCAAGAGUAUCUCUCAGCACACCUUGCUCGCCGUCAUAAUGAUGAUGGUGCACAUAUGAAUGGAUAUAUUACAUCCGUUAAGCCUGUCAAUAUCACAGUGUCUUCAAAACUUGCCAAUGGAGAAGUAGACCAGGACAAGUUAGCUUUAGUUGAAGAAAUGAAACAGAUAAAGGAUAGGCUUUAUGCUACUGAGAGAGAUCUGAUGAAUGAAAGAGCUGCAAGGGAGAUGGGUUCUGCAAGGGAAAAAGACCAAUCAUCAAGUGACCAAUCAAAGUUCAGAGAAAUGGAAGAGAAUUAUGAAAACUGGAAAAGAAUGGAAGAAGAAAGACAUAGGAGAGAAAUGGACAAUUUAAAAAACACGCUUUUACAGCAAAUGCAAGAGCUGCAGAUGCAAAGUCAAGCAGAAAAGGAAUCUUUUAAUCAGGCUAUUUCAGAUCUGGAGAAUAAAAUGACGACAAGACCAUCAAUGAUUGGUUCUAUAAAGGAUGAGGAUGAACCUGAUGGACCAAGUAAAGGAGAGAUUGCAGAUAUGAUGAAGGAACAGCUUGAGCUGAUCAAAGCACAAACACAGGAUGACAUGCAACAAGAGAUGAAAAGAUUAAAUAAAAAAUGGAAAACAAAAGAAGAUAAGCUCCAGACGGACCAUGAAAAUGAAAUGAAUAAGGUUCGAGAACUUCUGAAUCAGUAUGAAGACAAGCUAACGACUGAACAAUCAGAAAAAGAUGAAUUAUACAAAAAAGUUAGAGAGUUGACAAAGAAACUUAAUGAGCAUGAUAAAGCAAUAGAAGACAGUAAGGUUGCGGCAGAACAGUAUCAACAAGCUGCCAGACAGCAACCAAUACUGGCCACACCACCAGUUCCAAGACGAGAAGUAACUUUCUCUGAUCAAGACCUCCUGGAAAGAGAUAGAGCGAAGACACCAGAUUUUGAUAAUAAUAAAGAUGAUGCAAUGAUGCUCUUCGUAGCUGCCAACACCAACCGCAGCCAGUACAGAUUAUGGCGUCAAAGAGCUGAAGGCUCCAGCGAGUGGGUCGACAAAUUCAACUUCAAUGCAUACGUACGACCUGUUGGUCCCUUCACUACCCCAGUAUACGUCUACGCUGCCAGUGGUUCUCCAUACUGGAGGCAGUGUAUCUCUGGCAACUCCAAGCCUCCUAGUAAUGAGUAUCGUUUGGAUUACAUGUUCUAUGCAUCUCAGAGCCCAGUACUUGGUUCUGUUCAGCUUCAUGUACUUGAUGCUGGUACUCUGCCUGUGGUUAGGUCUUGUGUUUUCAAGUCUAAGGAUCUGCCCGGAUGGAAAUAUAAGGGAUUUUCAUUCUAUGCUAUGAAGUCAAAUCCGAAAGGUGUAAAUGUAUCAAGCUCUUUUGAAGGCGAUCAAGAGUCUGAAGAAAGUGAAUCGGAAUCAGAAUCAGAGAUUAAUAAAGUUACUGAAGUCAUGAAAGCGAGUCUCGAAAGCACAGAUACAAAGGAUAUGACCUCGGGCAUGUCAUCAUCAGAAUGGGGUACAGGGACGUUACAGCGUGGAGAAUUCCAUCCCUUCCCCCACAACCCAGAUAUUACAACUCACUACCGACAUACUCAUGAUGAAGUCAUGGCAUGCAGACAAGAGAUCGAGCAAAUGGUGGAACAAAAACUGGCAAAACAAAGCUUACAAACAAGCAUUGGUCGGCUUUCUUCAGAAAGAAUGAACGCACAUAUGGCUGCCCUAGCAACAGAAAGACAGGCUCGUGCAAAGAAAAUGCGAAACUUCGAUCAGUUGAGAAACAGCUUGAGCAAAGAUGCUGAAGAGAUUGCGAAGAGAAAUUAUAAAUCGAACGGUGCCAAAGCUGGUACCCCACAACAAUUAAUCCCACGUCAAGGUGGUGUUUCUCCCACAACCCGUUCUAAACCACCAACUAUGAAGGCUACAGCAACCGCAGUGAGAGCCUCGUCAUCACUACAACAGUCGAGGAACUCGACCAAAAGCUCGAUGACGUUAUCUUCUUCUGGUUCGCAAGACAUGGGAUUGUCUACGGGGACGUCAGUAACAGAUAGGACGCUUAGUGAAUCCGAUCCUGAGGAAGAGGACCUGCGCCGAUAAGUACACAUUACCCCAGUAGCAGUCCAGGAAACAAUAACGUUCGUGGUCUGACUAGUUCAUUGGAAAGGAGUCUAGGGAACAACAACACCGGCAAGAAGCCAGUUGGGGGUGUAGCUUUACCUGGGAAACACGAUUUUGAUGACAGCGAUUUUUCGUUAUCAUCAAUCGAAGAGAAGACCAAACCAACCCAACUAACGCGAGCCGAGUUAAACAGAACGGGAAACCGCAAUGAAUCAACUCCAGUUCCUGCACCUCGUUCUCGACCUAACCCCAGCCCUCGGAAGGAUGCCCCCAGUUCGUCUGCAGUUGAAGCCUUCUCAGUGGAUGAUAUAUCAGACUUUGAUGAUAGUGAACUGGAAAUGCAUCACCUUUAAACAGAAAUUUAUCAGUUAUUUAUUAUGUGUUAUAUAGUUUAUGUAUAAUUUUUCUAUUCUACCGCUUCCACUUUAUUAGAGCAGUGAUUGUACGAGAGGAAAACGUGAUACUGACUCAUGAGUUCACAUUAUGACACCUCAGUAUUGAAAUUGUAUUCCACUGUUUUAUGAUAAUUACAUUAAGAUAUGGCUACAGAUCUACCUUAUCAUUUCAUAUUUAUACUAAAACCCCUUUAAUGGACCCUUCAUAGAAAUAACAUAGAAAUACCAAAAGAAAUGGUAUGAAUUCCAUCUAAGCCUUGUAUGCAUGAUACGUUUAAGAAGUCUGGGUCCAUUGGGUAUGUAUAAUUUAUAUGCAUCAUGGCCUGGUUGUUUAAAGCAGGAUAGUGAUAUCCAGCAGAUAAAUCCUUAUCCAUUGGAUAAAUUAUGCUGUUAUCCAAUAUAUUUAUCCACUGGAUAAGAUUUAUCCGUCGGAUAGCACUAUGCAGGUAUCUUACAACCAGGCCCAGUACUUGCUGUAUUAGAUGGUACUCCAUUGUACAGACUUGCAAAUUAAGACAAUAUUGCAUCACAACCGCAACACGUCCAAAAGCAAAGCAUUUCACCUUCCAUUCCCAUAAUACUAGUGUUAUUCCCACUCGAGAGGGUUAAUUUCUUGCAUGUAAUAUUCAAGCACUGUAAUUGGUUGAUUCGUGUUUUCUCACCCUUUGAUUGGUCUAAUGUGACAACCAUAUGGUGUUGCCUUCUUACAUGAUAGUGACCACAGUAAAAUAUCCAUGAAACUUUAGUAAUACUAAAUAGCACAAUUUCAUGCAAAUUCCAUCGUUUUCUAUUGUUUAAUUAGCACUAUUUUGUACUAUUUAGUAAUUAGUGUUUCAUGGAUUGUUUGCACUCUACCUACUUAUAGGCAAAGUUCUACGUUCUUUGUAAUCUUUGUUUCCAUUUUCCUCAUUUUCUAAAUUGUCUAGUUAUGCAUUGAGUAAUCAUAAAGCACACGCUCACAACCAAUCAGAGAACAAGAUUAAAAACAGCUAUUUUAUACAAAAUAAAACACUUUGUAAAAACAUAGAUGCCUAAUCUUUAAAUAUAUCAAAUGGAACUAUUAAAAAUCAAGAGGUUUAAUACUAGCAUCUAACAUAAAUAUUUUACAAAAUGUUAAUAUCUUUCCAUCUAAGACUUUGUACAAGCGCCAGUAUUUUGGAAGAAAAGCUUUUAGAAAUAAAAUAAUCAAUUAAGAUUAA